CCUCAGAGUUUACUCUCAAGCAGUCGUCUGAUCGACAUCAAACCAACCAUGAAGAUGACUUUGUCUGGUUCACUUUUUAUGAUGCUGGUUUCCAGCUUGAUUUUGGCUCAGAGUACCAGUCAGAAUCCUGAAACAAAAAGAACUGAUGGAACAUGCUUCCCUGUGUGUGACCUGGUGAAAGAACUUGGUGCCAUGAGAGAAAAACAAGGAGCCAUGGAAACCAGGUUGAAGGAGAGUGAAAGCCAGAUUGUUGAGCUGAAGAGCAAAGAAACACCCAGGGUGGCAUUCACCGCUACAUCAGGACUAGGAAGAGGUGGUGCAGCCAUCGGACCCUACAACUGGGACACAACUCUUGUCUUCAGAAGAGUGAUAUCAAACAUGGGUAACGGCUACAAUGUUGGCACAGGUGUCUUCACUGCACCUGUAGCAGGCAACUACUACUUCUUCAUGUCCCAUCAUGCUGGAGGGAAACACAUAGCGAGUCUUACCCUCAUCAAGAACAAUGAGCUUAUAGUGAGGACCUAUGACCACAGAUCAUCCGCAGACACAGCUGAUAAUGGAAGCAACGCGGCGGUCCUGCAGCUGGUGAAAGGAGACCGGGUGUAUGUGCGCUUGGAUGCAAAUGCACAUGUCUGGGGACAUGAUUUAGUUACCACAUUCAGUGGUUUUCUGCUCGGAAAAAACUGAGAUGCUAAACUUAAAGAGGAUUCAUUAAUUAUUUUAUUUUAUUUUAAUGGCUAAGCUUAUUUAAAAGCAGCUUAUGAUAGUCAAAAAAUCACUGUGUUCAGGUUCUUGCUUUUCAUACUGUAACUCUUUUUGAUUUUGUUUAAGAGGCUUUGAAGAUAGAUCUGGACGAACAAACCUCAGUAACCUGAGAGCUUGGUAUGUCCUUUCCAAAAAACUAAAACGUAUAAUUAUUAACUUGUGUUUCUUAAUAGAUAAUUAUGUUUAUUGAAAAUGUGUGUCUUUCUUUUGGCAAAUUCUGGUGUGCUGCUAAUUUGUGCUUCUUAUCUGUUUAACUCAAAAGUGAGAACACAAAUCAGGGGUUGACAUUAAGCUAAGCUAGACCAUCUACUCUUAUAAUGUCAAACUUUCAACAAAAUAAUAUACUUCAUACUCUCAGAUGAUUCCCUGAUGUGAGCCUUCAUACUCUGAAUAAACCUUCAAAUGUACAACAAAUAAACUUUGAAUGAAUUCCUCCAUA